CUAGAGUCCUUACAACAUGGAAAGGAUUUUCUAUUUGUUUUCUGACUUCAAUUCUUAUCUUGUGUCUUCAAUGAUGAAGGACUUUGAAACAAAAGGAAGUGCAGAGAUUGCUUUUGAUUUGAAAGAAAAAAUUGGAAGAAAAUUGACUUCUGAUUGGGUAAACAUGGAUGAUGUUCUGGCCACAAUGAAAUCAUUUUGGGAAACCAAUGACUAUGUUCUGUGCCCACACACAGCAAUUGGUAUUACAGCAGCAUAUCGUGACAGCACAAAGAWGAAUGAAACAAGAGUCUGCAUUGCAACUGCAAGUCCAGCAAAAUUCAUAGAUGCAGUUAAGGCUGCUCAGGUUGAGUUUAUACCUCCUCCAGAUAUUCUAAUGUUGGAAAACAUGGCAACAAGAUAUGAACUGCUUAAAAAAGAUGAUGAUUGGGAGGAUAUCAUCCGAAGGAAAAUCAUUGAAAUUGAAGCUUCUUUAAGAUAACAAUUUGGASGUUAUAAUCAACCUCAAUACAUUUGCCAGUUUUGUUUGCACUAAGUGCAAAAUGGUUUUUAAUUUAGUUUCCACGGGUUGACAUCUAAAUUCC